ACAUGUUUCACACUGCUCUGUCGCACUUGCUUCAAUCUCUCUCUCUCUCUCUCUCUCUCUCUCUCGCUGAGAUUGUGCUCUCUCUCUCUUUGGGAAGAGAUGGGUGAAGGAAAGGGCUCGACCCUGGUGCACCUUCUGGUGGUGGUUCUAUGCUUGGUGGCCUUUGGGUUCGCCAUUGCUGCUGAGAGACGAAGAAGCACAGGCCAUACAGAAGAAGAUCCUCGAACAAACGAAACUUACUGUGUUUACAACUCAGAUGUUGCAACUGGUUAUGGGGUGGGCUCUUUCUUGUUCCUUCUUUCAAGUGAAUCUCUACUUAUGGGCGUGACAAAGUGCAUGUGUUUUGGGAGACCUUUAGCCCCUGGUGGGGACCGAGCCUGGUCUAUUAUUUAUUUUGUCUCAUCCUGGGUGACUUUUCUGGUUGCAGAAGCAUGUCUAAUUGCAGGGGCAACAAAGAAUGCUUACCACACCAAGUAUCGGUCAAUGAUUUAUGCUCAGAACCUCUCAUGUGAAACAUUGAGGAAAGGUGUCUUCAUUGCCGCUGCAGUGUUUGUGGUUGCAACAAUGAUUCUCAACGUGUAUUACUACAUGUACUUCACCAAGGCAACUUCUACUAAGGUGGCCCAUAAAGCAAAUCGAGCAAGCUCAACUGUUGGAAUGACUGGAUACGCAUAGAAUAUCAUGUAAUAUGUCCUCAGAGCCUCUAUGUUUUGCAUGGUGAUGUUAUAUACGUGUCCAGUUCCUGUCUGAUUGUUAUACGCUAUUUUACUGAACAUUGUGCGUGCUUAUCUAGUGAAAUAGAUAGUGCUGUUAUGGGUGCUACUUUUACUCAAA